AUGGAUAGACAAAGUCAAAGAUAUAAUCUUUUGGAUGAAAUCGACACUGAAAAAGACGAUUGGAAUAUUAGAGUUAGAGUCACAAGAAUGUGGGAAGUUCUUGACAUUAAAACAAAUAAUGAGCUUAUGAGUGUUGAUUUGGUGCUUCUUGAUGAGAAGAUAAUCUUAUUCAUGCAAGUAUUAGAAAGUCAUUUGUUAAUCAUUUUAGAGAUAUACAAGAAGUUGUUAGAAACAAAUGAUGAACUUAUUGCAAAACAAAAAUUUGAAUUGGUUCCAUUUGAUGAGCUGAAGUAUCUUGCUGACAAAAACACAACUCUAACAGAUGUAAUAGGAGAAAUCGUAGGAAUUUCUCCCAUGGAAAAGAUAGAGGUGCGUGGGAAAAAAUUGAACAAAAGGCUAAUUGAACUUCAAGAUAACAGGAGGGAAAAAAUUAGAAUCACAUUUUGGGAUAAAUUUGUAGAGGCAAUUAAUGAAGAUAUAUGUUUUGCUAAUUCUGUUCGGCCUAUUAUAAUUAUCACAUCAACCACUGUUAAGACUUAUAUGAGGAAAUUAUCAUUGUCUUCUACAAACUCUUCAAAGUUGUAUGUGAAUUUAGAUAUUCCAGAGGUCAUAGAGUUAAGAAAAAGUCUUGAAGAAACUGAAUUCAGCCUUGAUGAGAAAGAGAAGAAGAUUGAGUCAUUGCAACUAUCACGUUCAAUCCUUGACCCUAAUGAGAUUUCUAAGAUGAAAAGAACGCUAUUGGAAAUUUUGACCUUUAUAAAGACUGAAAAAGAACAGAGAGUAAGCAAUGGUAAUUAA